AGCAGCAGAGGUUGCGACAGCUGGCCGGCGAACCCGCGAUCUUCUUGCGUCACAGCGUGGGUGAGCGUGGAACCUUGGUCUUUGCCGAGGUCCACUCGUCAGAGACCCAGGACCUGAUGGGCCGUCGAGUAAGUUUCGAGCCGCACGCCUGCUGCCUCCCUGUCCUCUUUAAAGGGGCGUCCUCCAGUCGUGCGGGGUAAUAGAAUAGCUUCCUCGCCUUCACCCUCGCGUCCAUGGGCUGCUGCGGUUUAGUGCAGCUGGAGGGCGCCCGGUGGCCGACGCCGACUGAUGUGGGUUUGCUGAGCGUUUGAUUUGCAGAAUGGAUCCCCAGGUAAAUUUCGGUGUGACCUUCCAAGGUAACACCCUGAACUUUCUUGUAUCAUCUAAAACCACAUGGGCUGAUGUGGAAGCCAUAGUGAAAGUCUCAUUUGAACUGAAUGUUAUCCAGAUCAAAUACCUAGAUGAGGAUCAUGAUGAGGUAUCAAUCAACACUGCAGAGGAAUAUCAAGAGGCUGUUAAGAUUGCAAUGAAACAAGGCAAUCGGCUCCAGAUGAAUGUCUAUGAAUUAAGAAUUCCUUCAGACAUGUCUCCAGGACUGGUCUUUGGGAGAUCUGAAGAACUGUUUGUUCCAGACGUUAAAAAGAAGCCCCCAAUUGCUCAAACUCUGAUAAAAGACAAAGAUACUAAAAGAAAGAAUAAAAAACUACAGAGUGAGCGCCUUAGUGAGGUCCCUCCUGAGUGGUUCACAAGUUACUUGGAAAAGUUCCGGGAGCAAAUUGUUCAAGACACUGUUAAAAUGCUUGAACAGAAGUUGAGUGACAAGCUGCUUCUUUCUAACCAGCUUCCAAGGUCCAUGAACAAUUCAAGACACCAAACUCCUGCAAGUUCCUUGGUGCAAGGCAAUUCCUAUGACUGGCUGCUCUCCUGUAACAAUUGUCAAAAGCCCAUAAUGGGGAUUCGCUACCAGUGCAGUGUUUGCCCAACCUAUAACAUCUGUGAAUUGUGUGAGGCAGGAUUAUAUUUCCAUGACCCUAACCAUGUCUUUCUAAAACUGCGGAGGCCCACCUGGCGCAUUUCACACACACACAGUCUUGGACAGCUGUCAUCUCCUCUUGCCACUUCAGAGCAAGUCAAAUUCCAGAAGCAGAUAGACAAGCAUUUCCUGAAAGCAGAAAAGCAGCGUUUACGAGGAGAAAAGAAGCAGUGUAAAACUGAAGCACGGGAACUCAAGAAGCAGCUUAAAUUGCAUCAAAAGUUUAAUCUAUGGAACUCAGUUCAUGCUUUUGACAACACUGCUGCAAAAUCUGAGAGUCAACAAUCCAGUACACUUCUUUCUCUGCAGCAAUGCCCAGUUGUCUCAACUCUGAGUGCCGCCUUUGUAGAUGAGAAUUUACCAGAUGGAACUCGCCUCCCACCAAAGAUUAUCUUCAUGAAGCAUUGGCGUAUGAGGAACACAGGCAACAUGGCAUGGAGCUCAGAUACCAAGCUAAAAUUCAUGUGGGGAAACAUAACUCUGGUGUCUUCUGGAAAAAAAGAUGUGAUUGUGCCUUCCCUACUUCCUGGGAAAGAGGGGGUUGUUUCAGUGGAGUUUGAAGCCCCACCAAUGGAAGGAACCUAUACAUCGCACUGGAGGUUAUCACAUAGAGGGGAGCAAUUUGGACCCCGGAUCUGGUGCAGUAUUGUGGUUGACUCUUCUUCCAAAACUAUUUGUCCUGACCAUGGCAAAUUGAUGCCUAGUGUUUGCCAGAAUAGUAGAUCUCUUUACAAAGAAGAGGAAAAAGGAUCAGAAUUCAAGGGAGAAAUAAGUUUGGCUAACCGAGUUGCUUCAUCAAAGAUGAAAAGAAUCCUCAGUGCUAGAGAGUUCUACAUCCCAUCACUUGAUCUUCUCACAGCCCAGGAUUUGCUCUCCUUUGAAUUGCUGGACAUUAACAUAGUGCAAGAACUGGAGCAGGUCCCUCGUAAUACUCCUGUUGAUUCCAUACAAGGGCCAAGUCCAUACAAAAGCCAUGACUGCACUCCUCUUCCAAAAACAACUGACUUAGAUCAGAAACAAGAAGAGAAUGAGAGAAUCACUUAUGAAUUACUGCCUGAUGCUGAAGUCAGCAAAGGGAAGGCUGAAAAUUUAGGAAACCAAGAAGAAGGAGAGGAAGACAUGAGUGGAACCCAGUUUGUAUGUGAAACAGUCAUUCGUUCUCUCACCCUAGAUGCUGCACCUGAUCAUCAGCCCCCACAAAAAAAGAGGUCUUUGCAUAAUUCUCUGCAAACACUAUCCGAUAUUGCCCACUGCAGCCCAGACAACAACAAUUCCAUUAACCCUGUUUCAGAGGAAUUAGAAGCCAGAGUACCUACUCCUGAAUUUGAAAACCUCCCAGUGCGAGAUGGUGAAGAAACAAAUGGAGGAGAAGCUGACAAUGAUAUUCAGGAUGAAGUCAGCAGUCAGGCAUCUUCUCUUUCUGAAGAUUAUAUCAUUGUCCUUCCAGAAUGUUUUGAUACUAGCCGUCCUCUGGGCGAGUCAAUGUACAGUUCAGCACUCUCUCAGUCAAAUUUAGAAAACAUGACCAUGGCUCCAGCAAAUCCUGAAGAAAGCCAUACACCAGUGAAUAGCACCAGUGAUAUAUUGAUUACCUCUCAGACCCUUGAUGAAGUGUCACUGACCGCUCAGACUGUGGAACCACAGCCAAUAAGAUUUCAGGCUCUUUCUGAAAAUGAGAGUUCCCAAGAAGCAACUUUUUCCACUAGAGAGGAAGCCCUGUUGGUUCCUGUCCAAAUGAAAGAAGAAUUACAAAGAGAUGAUCCUGAGGUUUCAUCUCCAGAGAAUAUAAAUAACCCAUCAAUGUAUCCUGAAUCUUCUAGACAUAGCCCAGGAAAUAGCCUUGCGGGUGGCCUGGUGAAAGGGGCCUUAUCAGUGGCUGCCUCAGCUUACAAGGCAUUGUUUGUUGGGCAAGCCUCCAUGGAUCAGGCUCUUUCUGUAACCAGUGAAAAUCAUAUGGCUUCAUUUCUGGCCCACCUACAUGAAAUGGGCUUCUGUGACAGACACCUUAAUCUCCAUCUAUUGCAGAAACAUAAAUGUGACGUGAAUCUUGUUGUCACUGAGUUGCUGCAGCUGAAUCAGGGUGAUUGGUAUGAGAGUCCAUACUGAACUUUUUUCGCUUGUACAUUAAAAAAACUUAACAGCAACUGGCACCAGCAGCUUCUAGCUCUCUUCUGUCCUAAGCAGAACCAAGAUGGCUUCACUUUUAUUUUUCAGCAUAUUAUAAUUCCUACCAUCUCUAUUAUCCUACGUUCAGGCAUUAGAGUACCUUUUAUUUAAUUUUUUUUUUCAAACUGGUGAAUGCCAGAUUAUAGAUAGGAGAAAAGAAGUGAUUAUGUUCCAGAAAUAUAAAUGGACUUGACCUUAGCAGCCAAAGUAGGCUAUUUGUUCUCCAAUUUACUUUACUUCUCUUCUGGUUAAGCAAUACUUUUAUCCCACAUUUAAUGUUAUGUUUCUUGCAGGACGCUGUCAUUAUCUGAAAACUUUGUCCUCAUUAGGAAGAUUCCAUCAAAACCCCACAAUUCCACUUUUCUGGUUAUUUCCUUGUUAGAAGCAGAACUGAAUUGGUUAUUUGAAUAAAAAUACUAAAAGUGUAGCUGUUUGUACUACAUAAUUCUUUAGGAAAAAAAUUAUUGAUAGUGACUGCUCAAGCUACUUGAAAGGUAGAUGAUCAAGACACAUUUGAGUGUUUAAAAAAAUAUUUUUGUAGACUUUUAUCAGCCAGCAGUGUUUCACAGGAGUAAAUACUGCUCUCACAAGCAGUAUUCCUGAUCUUCUCUACCCAGGUGUUAGACCAGAUUGAAGUCCUAAAAAAGCAAUAUUUUAACAACUCUUCAGCUUAACUAUAUUACUAAUACCUGAUAGAAAGUUUUACUUAAUAUGUAAAAGAAAAAAAGACAAAAAUAUGGAUGAGUGAUAUUUAAGGAAAACAACUUCCUAUGUCUCCAUUAAUCAAGACAGAGGAUUCAAGAAUCUGUGGGGAAUUUCUGUCCAUAUCCUCCUGAAAAAAAUACUGUAAGGCUUUGAUACAUUUCUAAAGGGUUUAUAAUUUUUGAUUUGACUCUCAGGUGUUUGAUUUUUUUCAUAUAGGAUGAAAGGAAUGUCUGUUCACAAAGCAUGCCAACAGUAAUGGGACAUACACAAGUACAGCUUUUCUGUGACUUUGAUAGGAAAUAGUUAAUGAUUGCAAGGGAUUGAAAUGAGGAACAUGAGAAAAGUUUCCUAACAAAGAGGCAGAUUGAGACGCUGAGGACAAACUGCUUGUGCUAUGUAUUGCUUAUUUAAUAAAAUAUGUAUGCAAACUGAAUAUCUCUGAAUGGAAGAAAUAAGAUCUGCAACUUGUCUUUGGGCUGAUGGGGAAAACCUUUAAAUUAUUAGAUCUUCAUAUUUUUUUUAAUUUACUUUGAAUUACUAUUUCAAUCAACUAACUUCUUGUUAGCUCUGAUGAAGAAUGCUUUCUUCUUAAGUUUCAUAAAGGGUGAAAUUUCUUCUAUUGGCUUUGUAUGUUUUAUGAGAAGUUGCAUGAUUGAUAAUUUAAACAAUACUGAUAUUAAGAUAUUGCUUAUUGCUUAGAUUAAGCACCAUGGUCUUUGAGAUAAAAAUAAAUAUUAAAA